AUGUUUGACGAUAUAAUUAACGGGGCUGUUUAUCCCGACGAUAAACGAGUGCUUUCCUCGGUUUUUGACAAUGUUGCCCUGCCGCUAAACAAUGAUAGGUCCUUAGAAAUCCUGGACAAGGCUGCUCGGACGGGCAACGUCAACAUGGUCGAGCUCCUGUUGGAAAAGUAUCCUGAAUUCGAAUGCAAUUUGGAAUCUUUGAUGCUCGAUGCUGCACAAGAAGAUCAAGACGGGUUAGUAAGUUUAUUGCUAUCGAAGGGCGUCGACCCCAACUGCAAAUGUCCAGAAGAACAAAUUUCAGCACUCUCAUAUGCAGGAAUGUUUGGAUGUUUGCGCACCAUCAAAGUUCUUCUCGCAGCAGGCGCAAAUAUGAUCGAUCAUGAUAAAUGGGGAGAUACGCCCAUAUGGUAUGCUGAAACCUAUGGUCACCAAACGGUGUUGGAUGCAUAUGAGGAGCAUGAUCCAGAAAGCUACGCCGACCACGUGCAUACGGAAUCUGAAAUGCGGAUGCAGAUGUAG